AUGCGCAUAUAUUCGCCCCCAUUCAAGGCGAUCCGGAAUACCCUAGCAAUAUGGCCGGCAAAGACAAUUCCAGCACCCCUCUCGAGCCGACAUUCCUCCCAUCAACAUCACUACCAACCUCAUCUUGAUAACAUCAUCGGAAACCCCAAAGACUUCUUCCGAUACACCAGUGGACGAUGGCUCUGGGAUGAAAAGCAGCAGCUUCAAGAGAGAUACCGUGAAUUUAACAUCCUUGAACUGCAGAAAAUCGCCAUACAAGCGUCAUCUUCUAAAUCCUGUCUCAGUAUGGGGAAAAUAGGGGAAGGAUCAUAUAACAAGUCUUUCAAGCUCAUCAUGGACAAUGGGAAGACGGUUAUCGCUCGGAUACCAAAUCCGAAUGCUGGACCGGCAUAUUUGACAACUGCUUCUGAGGUUGCUACGAUGGAUUUUUCCUUCAACUCGGCUGUUGAUUCUACGAACAGUAUAGGGGCCGAGUAUAUUGUCAUGGAACAUGCACCCGGAAGCAAUCUUGCAGACGUUUGGACGGACACGGACCUUGAGCAUAAAGUCCAAACGAUGGAGGAUAUAGUUAGCAUCCAACAGAAGCUGCUAUCCUUGAGAUUUUCCGUCAGAUACGGUUGUCUUUUCUAUAAGACAGACGCGCCCCCUGGAUCUCAGCCUGCAAGAGUUGUCGGAGACAACUGUCCGCCUGAAGUAAGGCAGAAGAUCUCUGAGAAGUUUUCCAUUGGACCAGUUGUAGAUCCAGCCUUUUGGAGCAACGGACGAGAAAGCAUGGAUAUUGAUCGUGGACCAUGGACUUCCGCACUCGACUACAUACAAGCCCUUGCCAAUCGAGAAGCAUCCUGGAUUGCUAAACACGCAAAAUCACGCUCCCCAAACGAUCCCUUGUUCACCUCCCACAGUCAAAACAAUCCCGCAGAACACAUCUCCCUUCUCCGAAAAUACCUAACCAUCUCUCCCCACCUAAUCCCACAGGACAAAGACAUCACAGGGUCAUUCCUAUGGCACACAGACCUCCGCACCCCCAACAUCUUCGUCGACGACAACGGUCACAUCACCAGUAUAAUCGACUGGCAAAGCACCUGGACAGGCCCAUUGUUCCUCGAAGGCCGUCACCCGCAAUUCCUCGACUACAACGGACAAAUAAUCCUCAAACCACCUAAGAACUUCAAGCACCUUGAUACAAAAACCCAAAGAGACCUCCGAGAACAGAUCUCCAAAUUAAUCAUACUAACCCAUCCGAUCCACUUCGUGGGAAAUACAUGGGAUGGAGAUAUCUUACCACUACGGGAAUCACUAACACGGAUACAGAAGAUCUGGACUUCCCUAAAAGACACCACAAAAGAAUGCCCCAUCACCUUCACCCCCGCCGAAAUCCACCAACACCACCAAGACAGCGAAGGAUGGAACGAAGUACAGGAUUUCUGGGACGCAAUGUCCGGAAUCCUCAGUAGGGAUGGCUGGACCUCGCACGAGACAUACGAUCAGGCGGUUUCUAUCUAUUCUCAGCUACAGGCUAUUGAAAGGGAAUGUUCUUCUUCAUAG